AUGGCCGAUGCCGAUAAUCGGGUUAUUCUAAAUGUAGGUGGUAUUCGUCAUGAAACAUACAAAGCAACCUUAAAGAAAAUACCUGCUACACGUCUUUCCCGUCUUACUGAAGCUCUAUCAAAUUAUGAUUCUGUCCUUAAUGAAUUUUAUUUCGAUCGACAUCCAGGUGUAUUUGCCCAAAUAUUAAACUAUUAUCGUACUGGCAAAUUACACUAUCCUACUGAUGUUUGUGGUCCAUUAUUUGAAACUGAACUUGAAUAUUGGGGCCUUGAUGCUAAUCAAGUCGAACCUUGCUGUUGGAUGACAUAUACAACCCAUCGUGAUACACAAGAUGUCCUUGUCGGUCUUGAUCGCUUAGACCUUGACGAUGAACCAAUCACAGAAGAAGAAAUUCCUCAUAAAUUUGGAUGGGAUUACGAUCCAACAAUUCGCCAUAAAAAUAUGAGCGUACAAGAGUAUAUGAAAACAUUAACAUGGUUUAAACGUGUACAACCACGUAUAUGGCAAUUAUUUGAAGAACCUUAUUCUAGUAGUGUAGCUAAAGCUAUUCAAGUUGUUUCAAUUUUUUUUAUACUCGUUUCAAUUAUAUCCUUUUGUUUAAAAACUCAUCCAACAAUGCGCGUCCCAACAAUAGCCUUAAUUGAGAAUAAUUUUACAAAUAUAACACCAACUUACACAUUAUAUAAAGAACGAACAGAAGCUCAUGAAGCAUUUCAAUAUAUUGAGAUAGCUUGCAAUGUUUGGUUUACGUUUGAGAUAAUUACACGUUUUAUAGUAUCACCAAAGAAAUUUGCAUUCACUCGAUCGCCUGUGAAUAUUAUUGACUUUCUUGCAACAUUAUCAUUUUAUUUAGAUAUACUAUUUAAUAAAGUAUUACCACCAUCAUUAACAAAUACAGAUUUAUUUGAAUUUUUUUCUAUAACACGUAUAUUUCGUUUAUUUAAAUUAACACGUCAUUAUGGUGGAUUAAAAAUUCUUAUACAUACAUUUACAGCAUCAAUGCGCGAAUUAAUGUUACUCAUAUUUUUCCUUGUCUUAUUCAUUGUCAUAUUUGCUUCACUGAUUUAUUAUGCUGAAAGGUUACAAAAGAAUCCCGAUAAUGAUUUUACAUCCAUACCAAUAGGACUUUGGUGGUCUAUUGUAACAAUGACAACAGUUGGCUAUGGUGAUAUGGUACCAAAGACAUAUGUCGGAAUGAUGGUUGGUGGAUUAUGUGCAUUAACAGGUGUAUUAACCAUUGCAUUGCCAGUACCUGUUAUUGUUGCUAACUUUGCUAUGUAUUAUUCACAUACACAAGCACGCUCAAAACUACCAAAGAAACGUCGAAGAGUUAUGGCUGUUGAGCCGGUCCGACCAGCAAGAGGCGGACCUGGUCAUGGUGGCGGUGGCGGUGGAGGUGGUGGCGGAGGUGGAGGUGGAGGUGUAGGAGGAAGACCAGGAGAUCAUGGUGGCGGCGGCGGUGGUGGUGCUUCUAGAGCUAUGAAUAAAUUUGGUAUGGACAUGAACAAGGCAGAUGGACCAAUGAAUACGCAAGGCGCACCAUCUGGUGGUGGACCACGAAAAAACGUUAUUAAACAACCUAGUGGCGGCAUGGCUGCUAAAUUUGGUAUGACAGAAAAUAAUAUUAUUCACAACCGUAUAGAGGAAAUAGAAAUGAAACUUGAAAGUGUUAACGCAUCACCAAUAAAUAAUAGUACAAGUACAAUCGAUACACCAGGUGAUAGUCCAAAAUUGGAGCAACAUUCAUCAUCUCGUGCACAAUCCUCACGUACGAUACUUACUGAAAUCGCUAGUUGA